GCAGGGCAGGUCGUGCAGCUCUGCAGAAAGGCGGCUCGGCGACCGGGCGGCUCGGGUGCACAGCGGCUCGGCUCCCGGGCGGCUCGGCGGCUGGGCGGCUCGGGCGCAGGGCGGCUCGGCUCCCGGGCGGCUCGGCGGCAGGGCGGCUCGGCUCCCGGGCGGCUCGGCGGCAGGGCGGCUCGGGUGCAGGGCGGCUCGGGUCCCGGGCGGCUCGGCGUUGGGCGGCUCGGCUCCCGGGCCGUUCGGCUGCACUGCUGCCCGACUGCUGCAGGUGUGGCGGCGGGGCCGCGUGAGAGAGCCGGGGCGGGGACGCGUGAGGGCCGGCGGCUGGGCCGCGUGAGAGCCGGGGCGGGGCCGCUUCAGAGCCGGCGGCGGGGCCGCAAGAGAGCCGGGUAG